AUGCUACCUGAGGGGGGCGCACCGGCAGCGUUACCAGGGCGACCUGCAGGAUUACAAGCGCAGUCAAUAGUGGCUCUACUUUUAUGUCUGACUCACUAUUUCACACCUAGGUGUGAAACGGGCUUUGACGCCUUUUUUACUGUCCUUUGUUUGAAAAUAACUCCAAUUCGGGCUUUUGGAAAUUCAGCAGGCCGGGGUCAGGCCUGUAGGGUGGCAAGAGGCCGGAGGCCCAACAAAGUCGUGAAAAGUCUGACAGCUGAAGUCCAGAAUCUCAAACAGGAGAAACAGAGGAGUGAGGACGACAAGAAGAAGCUGCUGCAUCAGCUGGAGUCCAGGACAAACGAGGUGGAACGUCUGACAGCUGAUGUCCAGAAGCUCCAACAGGAGAAGCAGAGGAGUGAGAACGAGCUGAAAAACAAGCUAGAGACUGAGAAAAAAGAGGUGGAAAGUCUGACAGCUGAAGUCCAGAAGCUCCAACAGGAGAAGCAGAGGAGUGAGAAGGAGCUGAAAAAUCAGCUGGAUACCAGGACAAACGAGGGCGGUACCAGCUCAGCCAGUCAGAGCUCGAAAGGACAUGUCAUCAAGGUUGAGGUCGUGCAAUGGAAAAAUUGUAUCUGUCUCAAAAACACAUCCAGGAAGGACCAAGAACUGGGAGGCUGGACGUUAAAAGUACAAAUCACUGACAAAGAACCCAUCUCAUACACAUUUGAGAAAUCAUUCAAACUCAGUCCUGGAAAAACUCUCACUGUGGGGGGCCCAAAUUAUAGUAGUUAUAAUAAAACUGACCUGGUGUGGGAGGACCUGAAGCCCUGGAGCAAUGGAGACAAACUGCAGGUCUUCCUCAUCAGCAACUCUGGAGAGAUCCAACAUAUCUCAGUUCAUAGCGAAUGAAAGACAAUAAUGAGCCCGCUGUCACACUAUUUUUAUCUUAAUUUACCUUUUUGCUCCUUUUAACUACAAAAAUCUCCCCAUUUAGCUUCUUUUAUCACCAACAUGAAAGGACCAUGAUAUAAAGUUACCAUCACACCAAAAUGCUGAACAGUAAAUAGUUCUGUAAUCCAGCAAACCUGAAAACACUGAACAUUAAACAUCAGGAACAGCACGACUCAGAUCUUCCUGUGAAAACACAUGUUGUAGUGACGUCCAGUGAACACAAGGUCACAUCACGUCCGGAUCUGGAAUCAACAAAAUUAGACCUUUUUAUUAAUGUUGAAUCAAACUUUAUUAAAUUUUUCUUCUUUAUCUUCAACAAUUGAAAACAUGUUUUAUCUGAAAACUGAAUUGCUAUAAAGACAAAUAGUAAAAUAAAUUAAACUCUAAAUCAAAAUGUGAGCUAAUGUAACUCAGGAACUUUGAGUAUUUUUGCUGGAUUGAAUAUUUUUGUUAAAAUGUUUUAUCCUUUUACAGUAAUUACUGUAUGUCACAGUUAUCUUCUGGAUGGAGUUUCCAGCCCAGUGAUUUUAUAAAUCCUCAGACUUGACAUUUCAUUUUUAUUUUGUUGUUCUCUGUUUUGUAGGAAUUCAAUGUAUAUAAGUAUGUAUAACAAUUUGUUCUUGUCUGCUCUGAG